CUCCUGCACCUGACAGAAUUGCUCAUCACUUUUCUCCAGCCGGAUCUCUUAUGAGGAGUUGAAAGCAUACUUUUCUCAACAGAUAAAGCGAAGCUUCCUGUUACUUAUGGAUAAACAACCUACAGUGGUGUUUCGAAAUGUGGGACAGUUGUACUUCCCCCAAACCAGGGUGGAGUGCCACUACAGUCUGACAUCUGAGCACCAGUGGAGCAGCAGUGACUGGAUAGGGAUUUUUCAGAUGGGCUGGACUUCUGUCAAUCAGUACCACACCUACACAUGGGCUGCUGUCCCUGAGGGCUACACAGAGGGAACCAGCGUUAACUACUGUGCAGUGUUCCAGGCGUCGUACUUGCCUCGCCCCAGUGCUGUGGAGUACCAGUUUGUUUAUUUGGAUAAAGUGGGAAAGGUUUGCGCUCACAGUCGUUCGUUCACUUUCUGCGCCCCCAAACCGCUGGAGGAACUGGAGACCCUGAAAGAAGAGCAAGAUGAGGAGGAUGGAGAAGAAGAGGAGCUGCUGCUGGUCAUCCCCAGAGCCCAGCUGCUGCAGAGUCGGCUGGAACACAGCCUCAAAAAGCAGGCAGCUUUACAGCGAGUUCUGGAUGAAGCCAAGGAGGAGGUGGAGAUUGUAAAAGAAACCAGCAAAACAGAAAGAUUUGAGUGGGAGAGGGAAAGAGAGGCAAUGAAGGAGGAGAUCACUGAACUCAGAGACAACCUGAGACAGAGCUGUGAGAUGCUGAAGAGACUGGAAGAAAAACACAAGGACGUAAAGUACAGUCAGGAACUUCAGAGCUCUGAACUGAGAAAACUUGUGGCUGAAAAGGCUGAGAACCAGCAGCAAGUCCAAGACCUGAAGGAUGAAAUCAAGGUUCUGUCUGACAGAGAAGAACAAGCAAUCAUGGAGCUGCAAAGGCUGAAAGAAAGAGUGAAGAAAAUGUCCAGUCAGAUGAAACAUGACGAGGAAAAAAGAAAAUCCCUGCAGGUGGAGAUUGAGGCCUCAGCUGCAGAGUCACAAGAGCUGCAGGGGCACCUGGAAGCCAUUGACCAUGUAGCCGAGGGCCUACGCAAAGAGCUGCGAGACCUGGGCACCCAACGAAGCCACACACAUGCUGAGCUGCACCAAGCCCGGUUGCAGGUGGCACAGCUCUCUCUGCAGCUGUCAGACCAGGAUCUGGCCCUCAGGGAGGAGCGGGCCACCUGGGCCCUUGAGAGGGAGGCUUACAGGCAUGCAACAGAGACUGAUAAAAAGAAACUACAGGAUCUGAGCUGUGAGCUUCAACGAAAGGAGGAGUGGCUCCAGGAGGAGAGGAUGGAACGAGACAACCUGGAGGCACAGCUCGGGAGAGAAAAAGUGCUGCUGAGUGAUGCCAAGCGAGAGCUGCAGGAGCUGAAAGCCGCUCUAAGAAAGGUCCAGAAAGGCAGAGAGCAGGAACAACUACACAAGCAGGAGUUGGUGAAUUGCAUUCAUCAGCUGGAGAUGAACCUGGGAUUUGGGCAAGAAACUAAAUCUAAGAGCACAGCUGCUAAAUUCAUCUCUGCUGGUUGUUCCUCUGAGAAAGAGGAGCUUGCUUCGUCAGCUGGCCCUAGAUCAGCUUCUUCAUCUUUCCCCAUGGAGAAAAGCUCCACCUCUGAGAUCCCAGCUGAGACUCUCAACCAAAGCGAAGGUGACGAGUCACCCGUUGACUCACAGGAGGAAAAAAUGGAGCUCCGCAAACCUCAAACCGGUGAGGUGAAGCAGCUGAUCCUGCCUGAACUCGUUAACCCUGUUUUGAGUGAGCUGGCUGACUCCCCAAUGUGGUAACGAAAGAAGGAAUACAUGGAUGGCAAGCACCUUGGUGCUACUAGUAUUUAUUUGGAUUGAAACAAAACAAAGAGCGUUUUGUGAGCAUUUGAAUCUUAUUUUGGUGAAAAUACCCUGUAAUUUCUUUUCUGUAUAGUCAAUAGUUUCAUUACUUAAACAUCUUUAAGAACUUUUUUUUUGUUCGCAACAAAUUUCAGCUGUUGCAGGAUACUUGCAUUUUAGUUCUUGUAAUUCAAUUCUCUGUGUUCCGGCCUUUAACCUUGCUUUAAUGUGAAUGUGUGAGGAAUGUAGUGAGAAAUAUGCCGUUGGCUUGACUUUCCUACUCUACGUGUUGUUCUGGUGAUAUUUAGGCCCCUGGGUUUUGCAUGAGACCAUGACUCCUAAAACCGUGUCAAAUGUGUGGGUGUGCGAUCACGGUCAAGUGUGAAAUGGUCUGUUUCAGCUUUCAGAGUACCAAGUCAGGCUGGAGGAACAUGAACGCCUGUUUGCAAUUCUGCUGUGUUAACUAAUUGUUUUUGGAAGGCCAGGGCCCUUUGUAAAAUACAAAGGACCCUGAAAUAUGGCCCUUACACAGAGCAAAGAACCUGUUCAUUAAAAUGGCACACAGAGAUAAAUUUAUCUUUUAAUGCACCAGAAUAAUCUCCCACUGAAAACAUGACUUAAGAAAAUUUAGUUAGUAUGGAACCUCAUGAAAUCAUUAUCUUUACUGAAAUUAUCAUAAGCACAAUUAUCACCACCCAUGUGGUAAAUAAUUUGUACAACUCCCUUUUACAAACAGGACAACAGUUAUUCUUCUAUAACAUUUUGCAAGGUUGGAGCAUCUUAGGGAUCUUGGAGCUCUUUGCACAGUUUCUCUAGAUCAUCCAUAGUCCAGGUUCCUCCAUUCCUCUUCUGAUAAGCUCAACCCACCCCACGUUUUCUACAGCAGGGGUUCCCGAACAUUUCAGCAUUUGACCCCCAAAACAACAGUGCCAGAGACUGGGGACUCCCUAAACAUACAUUUAAAUAUUUAACUUUAAACAGAGUGAAAUAAAUGUAUUUUUAAAUGAAUUAA